GUCGGAUCGCAGAGGAUUGAUUGGCUCGAGAAGCUCACUCACGUCUUGAGGUUUGUUAAGACAGGAGGCUUCAAGGAAAUGGUCGUCGCUGUCCCUCCCUGAAGCUAAGCCGUGGGGCACUUUCUUUAUUUGGUUUCUCUAUUGCUGUUUAGCUUUGUGACACAUGACUGUUAGACCAAAAGCAAUUGCAGCUGUUUAUGGCCUGCCCAAGAGAGGUUCAGAACAAGAGCCAACAAAAAGAAUGGUCAUGCAUUGGUAAUGCGAUCAACUCUCUUGUCAUCCGCCAGACAAUUGAAGCUUCCAUAUUAACCCAACUCUUGCCUCAUUCUCAGAUUGACAUCUUCCUUCAAGUUCUGCAAGAUGAUGGAGGAACAAGAUCAGCUUGUAUCAAUGCUGCGACUCUAGCUCUUUCAGACGCUGGAAUUACCAAUGCUACUCCACGUCUUGACCUUAACUAUGUCGAAGAUAGCGCUGGUGGAGCUGAGAUGUUACCGUCUAUGGAUGCAAAGUUACCUAUGGAAAGUGGAAACAUUUGA